AUGAACUCAUUGUUGAGAACAUUCCAGACGGUUGUGGCGCUCGGCGAGGAGGACUCCCGAGGAGGGGUAGCUCCGUCGCAACGCAGCAACUUAGACGAUCAAACUGAUCCAGCAGUACUAAGACAGCACAUUUCCACCCUUACGCAGGAGCUGUUCCUCCACGAGCAGUCCUACAAGGAGCUGAGGGAGGAAAGCACUUCGAUCGAAAAGGAGCUCACACAUCUCCGCCUCCGCUUUGCCGCAGCGCGAAAGCUGUGGAAGUGCACGAAUGAGAAUCUCGAACUUGCGAUUCAGCACUUAGUGGAGCACCAGCUCUUUGGCGGCGUUUCUACCGUUCCUUCUAUCCCUAGCACAGCGUUAGGUAGCAGCUCUAGCAAGGCUUCGCGAUGCCCCCCGGACGACUCUGUGCUUGAUGCCACCUACGUUGCUUCUCUACGCGAGCAGGUUGAGCGGCUGAAGGAGAUGGUGAUGCAGAACGGUGAAGAGCGGAGCCGGCUGCAAAGUGAAAAGCAAUAUGAAGAAGCGCAGCUAGUACUGCAUGCGAACGGCGUGUCUGUCUCGUGCCUUGAUGCUGAGGUACGUGUGGCGCUGCGGAAACUGGUAGCACAGUGGAGUGAGGAACGGGCCAGCUAUGAGUCAUUCAUUGAGAGUCUUGAGAACAACGCUGCGAGGCAUGCUGAGCGAGAGGCGUUGUUGAGUGACUGUAUAAAGCAGGAGCAGGAGCGCCGCGCCGAGGCGACGGCGCGGUGCUCCGCUUUGGAGUCUGGAGAGCUAAGGCGUCUGCGCGAGGAGCUCGCUGAGUGGCAACGUGGAGGGCGCGCUCCUAUCGAGAGUGUCUCCGUCGAUCUAAACCGAGCGUCUCGCAGCGUGGAGCCGGUCUCUGCAAGCGUCACCCAGCACCCAGACGCAGAGGACGUCAACGACACGAGUUACCUACCGUACAAUGGUGCUGAUGCGCUUUUCCUCGUGUCUUUAGAGGACACAGGUGUGCACAGCGACACCGGAGCAACCACUCAAGCAGGCGCCGCACUGCGGCUUGAUGCUGGUGAUAAUGCGGUGGCAGAAAAACUGGAACGCCUGAGCCACGACUGCAGUGCACGCGACGAGGCGCUAGACAACCUUUACCGUGACAACCGAAAUCUACACGAGGCAGUGCAACGAGCAGAGUCUCGUGUGCGUGUGUGCGAGGCGGAACUGCAGCACUGCCAAAGGCAGAUGGAGGAGCUUGCGCUGCAGCUGUCUCGUGAGCAGCAUCGCACGAAGUGUCUCAUGGACGAGAACCGACGAGCUGCCGUUAGCGAAGGCAAGCUGCGUGAGCAGGUGAUGCAACUGCGCCAGGCACUGAACACUGCGUCCGCCAGUCAAGCAUCCCUCUCUGCUCAGAACGAGUUGAGCGCACGCGUGUGUGUUCCUCAAGUAAUCCCGGUGCGUGUGAGACAGCCCUUCAACGCCUUCGCACUGGAGCAGCGCGUUACAUACGAGAAGAACCACACCUGGGAGAACUGGGUGCAAGAGGCAGCGCGGUGGUGGAAGGAGUGGAAGGAGAACGACGUAGGGCUUCGAAGUCCUGAGGGGCACAAUGUCACGAGAACAGCGCACGCCCGUGGAGGCAGGGUACUGCCACGCGGCUCUCGCAGGUUGCUCACGUUUGGUAGCAUUCUGAUUAUUCUGAUGCUGAUGUACGUCUUCAUUAUGUUCACGAAUUCCGUGCGCACCACCAAACGGUCCCGUGACGCGGCAUAG